AUGGAAGUUCAAAACCUAAUCAAAGUUUUUGUAUCCUUAGUUCUGAUUCUCAUCGUGGGAUUGUUCGUGCGUUUAUACGAUGCAUUGAUUAUUAAACCGAAGAAAUUGAAGUCGAUUCUUGAGAAGCAAGGAAUAAGCGGGCCAUCUCCAAUACCGAUACUGGGGAACAUCUUGGAGAUUAAGCGAUCCCGAACCGCAAAAGCUCCGAUGUGUGGUGCUCCGGCCAAACAUGACUGUGCUAACGCUCUCUUUCCCUUCUUUGAGCAAUGGCAGAGGAAAUAUGGCGAAGUUUUCAUGUUCUCCCUUGGCACCACACAAAUUCUGCAUGUAACUCAACCGGACAUGGUACGAGAAUUUACGACAUGCACAUCCUUGGACUUGGGAAAGCCUUCCUAUCAAGCCAAAGAGCGCGGUUCGUUGCUCGGCCAAGGCAUUUUAACGUCCAAUGGGUCUUAUUGGGCGCACCAACGCAAAAUUAUUGCACCCGAAUUGUACAUGGAGAAAGUCAAGGGAAUGAUGAACAUAGUUACAGAGUCUACAGUUACAUUGGUAAACUCGUGGAAGAAAAUAAUCGAGGCAGAGGGUGGAAUUGCAGACAUAAAAAUUGAUCAAUACAUGAGAAGUUUUUCAGGAGAUGUAAUAUCAAAAGCGUGUUUUGGGAGCAAUUAUUCAAAAGGAGAGGAGAUCUUCUUCAAGCUUAGAGCCCUCCAAGAAGCUGCUUCCAAAAAAGUUUUGGCUACUGGCAUUCCUGGGAUGAGAUAUCUUCCUACAAAGAGCAACAGAGAGACAUGGGCACUAGAAAAGGACAUCCAUACCUUAAUUUUGAAGGUAGUAAAAGAAAGAAAGGAAGCCGGGUUCGAAAAGGACUUAUUGCAAAUGCUUCUUGAAGGGGCAAAAAACAGUGAAUUAAGCCCAGAUGUUCUUGAUCGAUUCAUUGUUGAUAACUGCAAAAACAUUUACUUGGCUGGAUAUGAGACUACUGCUGUUUCAGCUACAUGGUGUCUCAUGCUCUUGGCCUCGAAUCCGGUAUGGCAGGAACGAGUUCGAGCAGAGGUUGUCGAAAUUUGCAAGGGCCAAAUCCCCGAUUCUGAUAUGGUCCGAAAGAUGAAACUGCUAACAAUGGUGAUCAAUGAAUCAUUACGCCUUUACCCUCCAGUGACAGUUGUCUCAAGGGAAGCCUUCAAGGACAUGAAAUUUGGCAACGUUAAUGUUCCUAAAGGAGUAAAUAUCUGGACCUUUGUCUUAACACUGCAUACGGAUCCAGAAAUAUGGGGCCCCGACUCAUACGAUUUCAACCCGGAUAGGUUUGCAAAUGGGAUCACAGGUGCAUGCAAACUUCCACAUUUGUACAUGCCAUUUGGGGUUGGCCCCAGGGUUUGUCUGGGACAGAAUUUGGCAUUGGUUGAACUCAAAGUGCUUAUUGCCCUAAUUUUGUCUAACUUCAGUUUCAGUCUUUCACCAACUUACAUUCACUCUCCUGCUUUGAAUUUGGUGAUAGAGCCUGGGAAUGGUGUUUACUUAUAUUUGAAGAAGUUGUAA